UGAUCCUAUAAAAUUCUCAGAUGUGGACAGGUCCUCGGAGUAACAAAGUCGUCCUCCUUAAUUCAGAGGCCAGACACCCAGGAUCUCGGACCUCCACGUCCCGACACCGCUAAAAGGACGUGUUUGCCCACACUCUCUCUUGUGCCUCACCAAACACAAGAUCUAUCACCAUGGACCCAUCUAAGCUCGCCAAUGCCUUCGAGCCCAUGGACGAGGACGCGGAGCUGCAGUCCUCCCGUAUGCCCCGGUUCGUAGUGACCGAGGCUCUAUCUGAGGUCUACUACAAGGGCUUGCCCUCUGAACCGCGCCUCAUCGCUACAACCAAUCCCAGCCCCUUCGAAGAUCCAGCUGGCUCCGAGGCUUACUCUGUCCUCAAAGAGCUUAGGCAGGUGGGUGACCACCCCAUCGCCAGUGCUUGGAGCCACGGUUUGGGCAACCGCAUUUUCGAUGGCCUGAACACGAUGUCCGUGAAAUGGAAUAGUAUCGAAGUGCUUCGCAUUGUCAAAGUUGGUGAGUCCUCCGGCCCAGCCAUCGUCUGGAUUGGCGUCGACUUCGGGGCGCUCACCUUCGAGGAGGGCAGCGACCUCGCCUUCACUUGCCAUGCGUUCAUCAACCGUUGCGGUUUUCGCGACUUUUAUGUAGAAAUCAGGGAGUCUCGCGUUCUGAGACAAGUUUGA